AUGGCUCCUGGAAAUGGUUCUUUUGUGACACAAUUCAUUCUGAAGGGUUUAACAGACCACCCAGAUCUCCAACUCCCUCUGUUCUUUCUGUUUGUAGCAAUGUAUAUUAUCACUGUGCAGGGAAAUGUCAGCUUCAUAACUCUUAUUGUCCUGAAUUCCCACUUUCACACCCCCAUGUACUUUUUCCUCUUUAACUUGUCCUUCAUAGACUUCUGUUAUUCAUCUGUUUUCCCACCAAAAAUGCUGAUCAACUUAAUAUCAAAGAAGAAUAUUAUCUCCUACCAGGGGUCCAUGGCUCAGCUCUUCUUCUGCUUUUUUGCCAUUUCUGAGUGCUAUGUGCUGACAUCAAAGGCCUAUGAUUGCUGUGUCACCAUCUGUAAUCCACUGUUGUAUAACAUUGCCACGUCCCCUAAAGUAUUCUCUAUCCUUAUUUUUGCUUCUUACUUAAUGGCAUUUUCUACUGCUAUGGCCCACACUGGAUGCCUGCUGAGACUGACCUUCUGUGAUGCCAACACCAUCAACCAUUAUGUCUGUGACAUCCUCUCUCUGCUCCAGCUCUCCUGCACGAUCACCUUCAUCAAUGAGCUGGUGGUCUUCCUCAUGGGCAGCGUCAACAUCUUUGUCCCCAGUUUCACCAUCUUCAUCUCUUAUGAUUUCAUUCUCUGCAGCAUCCUCCACCUCAGUUCCACUGAAGGCAGGUCCAAAGCCUUCAGCACCUGCAGUUCACACAUACUGACUGUAUCUCUGUUCUGUAGAUCAAGUGCAUUUGUGUAUCUCCAACCGUCUUCUUCAGGGUCUAUGAAUGUGGAAAAAAUCCCUUCUGUCUUUUAUACCAAUGUGGUUCCCAUGGUGAACCCCUUUAUCUACAGCUUUAGGAACAAAGAUGUUAAACUGGCUCUGAGAAAGACCCUGAGUAGGAAAAGUUUUAAUUAG